AUGGACGGGCUGGAGAGCGAGGACAAACAGAUGGAAGUGAAGGAGUUCAAGGGAGAGUCGAGACAGACCAAGAAAUCCAUUUUCAUCGCCCCUCGAAUCCUGGAGAAGUUGCAGCCGUUCAUCCAACAGGAGGCACUGGUUCGUUUUCUAACGGCAGAUAAGAAGAGGGUGAAGCAGCCGCGCUCCAGGCCAGGGUUUCUAAGGAGAGCGGAUUCGCUGGUGAGCUCCACAGAGCUCGCCUUGUUCCGCAGAGUCCAUGAAGCCCAGCAGGAGGCGUUGCAGGAGGCUCAGUACAGACAGCAGGCGGACCCCCCUCACUACAGUCGGGCUCUUGCCUACUCCAGCCCCAUGGAGCACUCCGCUCUCACCAACAUGGCCGACAGCCAGAGCCAGAUGCUGCACAACAAGAGAAACGGUCGCUAUGACGACGACUAUCCCACCUACCAGGAGCAGAAGAAGCCCAUGAUUGGUUACCCGACCAAGAGCCUGACUCAGCGACGCCCCCUCUCUGCAAGGAGCUACAGCACUGAGACCUACGGAGCAUCUCAGGCCCGUCCAGUGUCAGCUCGUCCCACCAUGGCUGCCCUGCUGGAGAAGAUGCCUCCUGACUACACCCUGGCAACCUGCCCAGAGAAACCACUUGAUGACACCAUCAAAGUAAGACCUGUGGUGCCACAGAAACCCGAAGACAUCACCUCCAAGAUGCCUGCAGACUGGAGGCAACAGCUACUCAGGCACAUAGAGGCCAAACGAUUGGACAGGAGUGGUGUCCUAAAGCACAACACGCUCACGCUGGGCAUGCUCUGUCAGGGUCACAGCCAGGGGCGCAGCAGCACUUUGAACUUUAACCUUUACAAUAACACUAAGCAUGAGCCCCCUGCUGGCCGCUGGCUGCCACUGCCUCCUCCUCCGUCUGCUAACGCCACACCCUCUCAGCAAGCCGCCAUGCUGGAUAAUGACCAGGAGGGGGUGUCAGGGAGCAACCAGUGGGCUCCCUACUCUCUCGGCAGGAGAGACGUCCCACCUGACAACCUCAUGAAAAAGAGUGCCCACUCCCACAACACCUCCCACCAAUCACACAACACCAUGAUCGUUACUUCCUCUUCCUCCUCGUCUGCCACCACGCCUCAUCGCAUGGUCGGGCCGCAGGGCUACGACGGGAUGAUGAAUAAGGGAAACCAGUACCAACCAGGGAUGCCCCUCUCAGUGGUUCCCUCUGGGGGGCCUGGGCAGUACCAAGGCAACAUGUCUCAAGGCCUCCCCUCCCCUGGUCAGCCUUACCCCAGCAGCGGCCUGCCCAUGGCCCUGUCCCCAUCCGGGAAUCAAACCCAGUACAACCCCCACUCCCAUCAGUCCUCCCUGCCCGCCACCAACCCCCAGUACCACGGCAACCAAGGCAUGGUCCACAGCAACCAGGCCGUCAUGACCACCCACACCAACCCGCGGCCUCAGAGCGCUCGCUGCCUGUUGCAGACUAAAGGGCAGAAGAGCACGGAUGGUUUCCAGGAACAGCUGUGUGUGAGAAUAGAGAAGAACCCUGGUCUCGGUUUCAGUAUCUCUGGCGGCAUCAGUGGCCAGGGGAACCCCUUCAAGCCCUCCGACAUGGGUAUCUUUGUUACUAGGGUACAGCAUGACGGGCCCGCCACCUCCGCCCUGCAGCCUGGAGACAAGAUACUGCAGGCUAAUGGACAUAGUUUUUUACACAUGGAGCAUGAGACAGCCGUCUCUCUGCUGAAGAGUUUCCAGCGGACGGUGGACUUGGUGGUUCUGAGAGACAGCAGCAUGUGCUAAAAAAGUAGUUUUAUAACAAACAAACAAAAACAAACACAACAACGCUUCUUUUCCCUGCUCGUCGCCAUCCCACCGCCACCGGUCCUCCGCUCGGGGCUUGUGGACCUGAAAAAUGAGCCGCCUUUUUUACCUUUUUAAGGGAAACCACAGACAUUUAUUUGCCUAUUGCUGGACCAAAGGCGAAUACUUAGUGCCAAAUGUACCAUAGGGAACAUAUCGGCUCUUCUGUCUACUGACGGUCAGGGACCUGAUCGACGGGUGGACGGACCACACAAGGACUCUGAACGUCGGAGUCCCACAGGGCUGCUGCAGUUUGGAUUUUGUGGUUGGUUAGCUCAUUAGACAGUCACCUGAUUGAUCAGUGUGAGUAGUUUCUUUUCCGUUUCUUGGUUUGGGUUCUGUUGUACACUAUCUCUGCUUUUCCCCUCUGAUUUUUCACUUUGCUGUUCAUGGUGGAUUUUUCUUUCUUUUUGUUUCCUGUAGCACAUGAUUCACUUUCCAUGAACCUCACUGUUCUUCUUUGUUCUUCCUUUUGUUUCAUUUUUGCUUUCUUGUGUUUUGUUCUUUGAUUCUUGCCUUUGUCUUCAGUUCUGCUCUGCCAGUGUUUUUCGCCUCCAGAAAUGUACAGAAAUGAAAAACUUACGACUUCAUGCCUUGUGUACAUAUGUAGAGCUGUAGCUUUCUAGAGUUGCACUCUCUUUGGGGCCUGGACAGACAGCUCUAACACUUUAUGAUUAAUUAUACUUAUUGUUAAUAAACCACACUCUGAAUUGUCUCUUACAAACAUACAGGGAUAAUUUCUCCAAAUGGACGAUUUUCUAAAGUAAACCAGUGAUUGAUUUCUGUUCAGCAAAAUCAUUUUCCCCGCGUCCAUCACUGCUACUUGUGUUUGCUUGUUUUUUCUUUUUCAAACUGUUGCUUGCACAGCUUUGCUGAAAAGAGCUAAAGCAAUAUUUCUGAGGCUCGGCCCGUUGAGCUUUUCAGCAGAGCCUAACUUGUCCUGCAGUGCCAUCUAUCGAGCAAGUCAUGCUAAUGUUUACACACACACACACACACACACA